UCCUUCAGGAAGCCGUGAGCACGCGUGACCUGGAGCUGGUGCAGCUGGUCCUGCGCUACCGUGACUACCAGAGAGCCAUCAAGCGCCUGGCCGGGAUCCCCAUCCUGCUGGAGAAGCUACGCAAGCUGGGCUGUCACCAUCUCUCCCCAGUGCCACUGGUGUCCAAGAUCUGUCCCAGCGACACCUACAAGGUGUGGAAGAGUGGCCAGAACCUGCGGGUGGACACCACGCUGCUGGGCUUUGACCACAUGACCUGGCAGCGGGGCAACCGCAGCUUUGUCGACACCAGCGCGGUGGUGAUGGAGAUUGACCACGACCGGCGAGUGGUCUACUCGGAGAACAAGUCCGGGAUCCUGGGCUGGAGGAGUGAGAAGACGGAAAUGGUGAAUGGGUACGAGGCCAAGGUCUACGGUGCGUCCAACGUGGAGCUGAUCACGCGGACGCGGACCGAGCACCUCUCAGACCAGCACAAGGGCAAGAGCAAAGGCAGCAAGACCCCCCUGCAAUCCUUCCUGGGCAUCGCCGAGCAGCACGUGGGGCCCAACAAUGGGACGCUGAUCACGCAGACGCUGAGCCACGCCAACCCCACCGCCAUCACCCCUGAGGAGUACUUCAACCCCAACUUCGAGCUGGGCAACAGAGACAUGGGGCGGCCCAUGGAGCUCACCACCAAGACACAGAAGUUCAAGGCGAAGCUGUGGCUGUGUGAGGACCACCCGCUGUCCCUCUGCGAGCAGGUCGCCCCCAUCAUCGACCUCAUGGCAAUAAGCAACGCGCUCUUCGCCAAACUGCGGGACUUCAUCACCCUGCGCCUCCCGCCCGGCUUCCCCGUCAAGAUCGGUAUGGGGGGGGUCUUUGCCGCCGGCGUGGGUGGCACCGACAGUGGGGUACCCAGCCAUGCUGACACUUGUCACCCUGCAGCCUCGUGCCGGGUGUGCGAGAUGGACCCGGCCCUGUUUGAGGUGCCGCGGGGGUACAGCGUGGUGGGCACCCACCAGGACCCGCUGCGGGAGGAUGAGGAUGACCUGCUGCAGUUUGCCAUCCAGCAGAGCCUGCUGGAAGCAGGCAGUGAGUAUGACCAG